AGGAACCGAGUGGAGUUUUCAGGUUUUUGGAUUUUGUGAAUUCGAUGUGUUUGAAGACAAAGAGAGACAAAAAAUAUAUUUUACCUUAAUAAUAGUUGUUAAUAAUUUUCAUGAUGACUACUAUAAUUAUUAAAUCAAACGACUAGAGUUUGACAAUGGGUUAUAUUUCAUGUAAAAAUAUAAGGUUGACAGCUCAAAAAUAUCAUAAAAUAUUCCCACAAACAUGAGAUGCCAGGUUGGUUACAAAACCUCUAGUAAUGUCAAAUCAUUCUGUCUUGAGCUACAAAAAUAAUGUUAGCGCUCGAAAGACCGCACUUAAGCCUCUAGAUCUCUAAGAAAUUAAGGAAAGUGUGCCGAUGCACAGGAAGUAUCUCCUCGCAAGGUUCCUAAAAUGACCCCUAAAGGCCAAGUAUGAGCACAUAGAAAGCAGCAGAGAAUAAUGAAUCUUUCAAUAGCCUAGAAUGAAUAUGAAAAUAAGCAGAUAAAAAGCCAUUUACCCGACUGUAUCAACUACAAGUUAAUAUAUUCAAUCAAUUUG